AUGGUGGGCUUCUCUUUCGGACUCAAAAAGGCCGCGUCCUCCUCAAAAUCAGCGCCGGCUAAGAGGAAACCCGCGACCUUCGGCGGCGAUGACGACGACGAUAACACGACAGCUGGAGAUGGCCAACCCAAGCCGCUUGCCGCCGUUGAAAUCACGGAAUUGGACCUACUCGACGACAACACGAGCACCCUUCUAGAUAUAGGAGACGAUGAUGAUCGCAAAUCGAAAAAGAAAUCAAAGGGACUAGCACAACCACCACCACCCGUAUCGGCAACAACAACAUCAUCAUCAUCCUCCUCAAACAAAAAAGCACCACCUCUCGUUGCGGCCCAACAAUUCGGUGACCUCUCCUCCGCCCUCGAAUCGCGCAAAUACGCCCAAGCCGCCGCCGAUGCGGACCCCUCCAUCUAUGACUAUGACGCUGUCUACGACUCCUUCAAGGUUCCCCAAAGGAAGGAAAAAGAAGCCGACACCAAAGACAAGCGACCCCGGUACUUUGACGCUCUACAAAAAGCCGCCGAAACGCGCGAGCGUGACCGGGCGAUCGCGGAGGAGAAGAAGCUAAAACGCGAGCGCGAGGCCGAAGGAGACGCGUUUGCCGAUAAAGAGAAAUUCGUCACGGAGGCGUAUAAGCGCCAGCAGGAAGAGAACCGACGGCUGGAGGAAGAGGAGAAGAAGAGGGAGGAGGAAGAGGCCAAGAAGAACAAGAACAAGGGGUUGACGGACUUUUAUAAGCAGAUGCUGGAGAAGGAGGAGCUGGAGCAUGCGGCCAAGAUGAAGGCGGUAGAAGCGCGGGUUAAGGCUGGGACGGAAACUGCACAGCAGAAAGAGGGUGAAGCAAAUGAAGAAGAAGAGGAGGACGCGGAAAAGAGGGCGGCGGAAAAGGCGAAGGAGAUCAAUGCCAUGGGUGGCAACGUCAUCAUCAAUGAUGAUGGUGAGGUGGUGGACAAGCGACAACUGCUCAAGGGCGGUUUGAACGUGGCGCCCAAAAAGAAGGUGGAACACCAGCAGGAGAAGGCUCGACAGGCCGCGAAGCCUGCUGCGGCAUGCGGACCAGCUAAGGGUGUGUUCCAUGGUGGCAGCAAGCAGGCGAUGCGGGAGAGGCAGACGCGCAUGCUGGAGGCUCAGCUUGAGGAGAAGCUUAAGCGGGCGAGAGAGGAGGAGGAAGAGGAGAGGAAGAAGGUUGAGCUGGUGGCCAAGAGCAGGAAGACCGAGGCGGACAUCUCGAGCGCUAAGGAGCGGUACCUGGCGAGAAAGAGAGCGGCCGAGGAGGCGAAGAAGAAGGGCCUGGAGGAGGGUGCUGCGCCUUAG